CUUCCCUCGUCUCCAACUUCAACCCUUUCAUUUAUUCUUUUCUUUCUUUCUCCUUUUUCCCUUUUCUUAACUGUAAAGAUUUUUUCUUUUAUUAUAUAUAUAUAUAGAGAGAGAGAGAGAGAGAGAGAGAGAGGUGAUUGAGAUCUACACCUUUCAUUUUCUGUCUUACUGAUUUUUGUAAAUUUAAUGGAGUCGUCCAGCCAACCGGAGUUUGACUACUUGUUCAAGCUGCUCUUGAUUGGGGAUUCAGGGGUUGGAAAGAGUACUCUUCUCCUAACUUUCACUUCUACUACCUUUGAGGAUCUCUCUCCUACAAUUGGUGUGGAUUUUAAGAUUAAACAUGUGACUGUUGGGGGCAAGAAGCUUAAGCUUGCAAUAUGGGACACAGCUGGACAAGAAAGAUUUAGAACACUUACUAGCUCUUAUUACCGAGGCGCUCAAGGAAUAAUUAUGGUGUAUGAUGUAACACGCCGAGAAACAUUUACAAAUUUAUCUGAGAUAUGGGCCAAGGAAAUCGAUCUAUACUCAACAAACCAAGAUUGCAUCAAGAUGCUUGUUGGCAACAAAGUUGAUAGGGAAAGCGAGAGGGUUGUCAGUAAGAAAGAGGGAAUUGAGUUUGCAAGGGAAUUUGGAUGCCUGUAUCUAGAAUGCAGUGCAAAGACUCGAAUAAAUGUAGAGCAAUGCUUUGAGGAGCUUGUGUUAAAGAUUUUGGAAACGCCAAGUCUCUUAGCUGAGGGCUCAGCAGGUGUUAAAAAGAACAUAUUCACAGAAAAACCGAUACAAACUGAUGCUUCAACAAGCGGCUGUUGCUCAUGGUGAUCUGGCUUCUCUGUCCUAGACUCUUUCUCACACCCGUGUCCAAGCGCCUUCUCUUCUCUUUCCUCCAACAACUUAUAUAUGAAAAAAUAUGUACCUUUAAAUUUGUUGAAAUCAAUUAGAAACUAAAGAAAAAAGAAAAAAAUUAUGUUGUUUGACUUGGAAAUUCUUUCCAUGUACUUUCUGAAAUCCAUAAAGAGACAAUUGUUUGGUAA